UGUAAAACCACUUGGUUAAAAAAGUUAGUCAAUGUAUGGAUGCAUGGCUAUUUGUCAAAAUUACUAUUGAAUAAUUUUGAAGAUUCCUGCUCUGUAUAAUGCUACUACGUGUUAGACUGUGGGCUUUGGGGAUCAAACCCAGAACCUUUCAGCCUUGAGUCAAGCGUCACGUUGAGGUUAAUAAUGACUGUUUCGUCUGAUUCAGUAUUGGUUCUUAAUCACAGGUCCUGUGGUGACUUUAAAGGUACUGAGGAUAGAAUGGACAGUGGUUAUAUUUGUAGUGGGGUAUUAUGAUUACAUUAUUUCAACAGGAAGACGGCCAUCUUGGUUAGUGAAGGUGUCUAAACGUCAUCUUGUACUGGGUCUUGUUCUCUGUGGGCCUGCAUCAUUCUGAAGUGGUGAAGGCCAACUCUAUAUCUGAGAGCAUCACUCGUAGGAGAGGGACAUGACCUUCGAGGUGAAUUAACACUGCCGCAACCGCCUCAACACAGAAGUCACUGGUGACGACUGGUUUGUGUUCUUCAGCUCAGCCCAUCCCACUGACAUCCUCUCACCAGCAGGUGGUGCUGCAGUGCACCUUUUCAAGGGAUUCAAAACGGACCUAGCAUUAUGAUCCACUUUACUACCGCUGGAGUUGAUUGUAUCACAGACUGCAGAAGAGUAGACCGUUUGUGACUUUUUUUCUUUUAUGUGUGUGUGUUUGUGUGAACCCUGAACCUUCCAGCCUGGAGUCAAGUGUCAGGAUGACGUUAAUAAUGACUUUUUCUUCUUGUGUCUCCUUGUGUCCUUGGUUGACUUUAAAGGUAGGUACUUAGGACAGAAUGAACUGUUGUUAUAUUUCUAGUGCAGUAUUAUGAUAACAUUAUUUAGACAGGAAGACGGCCAUCUUGCUUUGCGAAGGUGUUUAAACGUCUCUUACCGGGUCUUGUUCUCUGUGGGCCUGCCUCACCGAUCUGGUUGUGAUGUCAUAUCACACGAGGAAGUCCAUGUAUGGUCCUGCCUCCAGAGCGGUUUAACCAGCACAGAGAGCAGUUGGUAUGAUAUCCGCACGGUGAACUGGAUCUAAUCAGACACAUUUUGUAGCCUUUUGAGACCUUCUGUUUUGAAUGAUGUUACGUUAUUAAAUGUAUAUUAGAAACCUCUGGGAAUGAGAGGGUCUACGAAUCUGCGUCUAGGAGAGACGCUGCCUCAACAGCCCCCUGUGAGCAGAAUACACAGCUCAUAUAAAAGCAGAGUCUGGGAGGAGUAUGAACUGGGAGGGGAAGAGGUCCAACUGGUUGGACAUCAUUUAAAAAAACAGAGAGUGAACCAAUGCCGAGUGGCAGUAGAAACAAUAUGAUUUGUGUUUGUGUCCAGGUCUCCAGUCUACUAUGGAUGAGGAGAGAGGGGAGGGGGGUCCUACCUCUAAGACCACUCUGUCUGGGGAACAUGGCCGCCGGAGCAAUGCUAAAAGCCCAGAGAAACAGGAUAGAGCAGAUAGCGUCUCCAUGAAGAGUGACCACUCUAUGGAUGAUCCUGUUGGGUUUAAAGAUGGAAAUCAGUCCAUUGAAAAGAGAAGAGUCCAGCAGGAGAGAGCAGACUCCCCUGGACCCAGCUGUGUCUCCAUGAAGAGUGACCGCUCUAUGGAUCAACCUCAUAACUUUAAAGACGGAAAUCCGUCUAUUGAAAAAAGAAGAGUCCAGCAGCAGAGAGCAGACUCCCCUGGACCCAGAUGUGUCUCCAUGAAGAGUGACAGCUCUAUGGAUCCUCCUGUUGGGUUUAAAGAUGGAAAUCAGUCUAUUGAGAAGAGAGUCCAGAAGGAGAGAGCAGACUACCCUGGACCCAUUUGUGUCUCCAUGAAGAGUGACCACUCUAUGGAUCAUCCUGGCCAGUUUAAAGAUGGAAAUCAGUCUAUUGAGAAGAUAGACCAAGAGAGGUCAAAGGUCACCAGUGCUCAGUCUGUACAGCAGCAUCAAACAGAGCUGGAGAUGAACCAGGAGGAACUGGCUGACACACUAGGGGGCGGAUCUGCUGCUGUCGAUUGCCAACGUAGAAUCAAGUCUAAUUUGAAGAAGAAGUUCAGGUGUGUGUUUGAGGGAAUUGCUAAAGCAGGACAGCGAACAGAUCUGAAUGACUUCUACACAGAGAUCUUCAUCACAGAGAGAGGCAGUGGAGAGGUCAACAAGGAACAUGAGGUCAGACUGAUUGAAACAGCUUCCAGGAAACCAGCCAAGGAAGAAACACCAAUCAGAUGUGAGGACAUCUUUAAACCCUUACCUGGAAACGAUCAAUCAAUAAGAACAAUGAUGACAACUGGAGUGGCCGGCAUUGGUAAAACCGUGUUAACACACAAGUUCACUCUGGACUGGGCUGAAGGCAAAACCAACCGGGACAUACACUUCACAUUUCCCCUAACUUUCAGAGAGCUGAAUUUACUGAAAGGGAAAGAGUUUAGCUUGGUGGAACUGCUUCAUCACCUCUAUAUUGACACCAAAAAAGCAGGAAUCUGCAGAUUCGACCAUUUCCAAGUUGUCUUCAUCUUGGAUGGUCUGGAUGAGUGUCGACUUCCUCUGGACUUCCAGAGAAACCCGAUCUGGACGGAUGUCACAAAGUCCACCUCGGUGGACGUGCUGCUGACCAACCUCAUCAGGGGCGUCCUGCUUCCCUCCGCUCGCAUUUGGAUAACCACACGCCCUGCGGCAGCCAAUCAGAUACCUGCUGAGUGUGUUGACAUGGUGACAGAGGUGAGGGGGUUCACCGACCAACAGAAAGAGGAGUACUUCAGGAAGAGAUUCAGAGAGGAGAAGCUGGCCAGCACAAUCAUCUCCCACGUCAAGAAAUCACGAAGCCUCCACAUCAUGUGUCACAUCCCAGUCUUCUGUUGGAUCACUGCUUCAGUUCUGGAGGACAUCUUCAAAAAAUCCCAGAUCGAAGAGAUGCCCAAGACCGUGACUCAGAUGUACAGCCACUUCCUGAGGGUUCAGUCCCUACAGGGGGACAGGAAGUACCAUGGGAGAUCUGAAACAGAUCCAGAAUGGAGUUCAGAGAGCAGGGAUAUCAUUGUUUCUCUUGGAAAACUUGCUUUUAACCAGCUGGAGAAAGGCAACCUGAUCUUCUACGAGGCAGUUAUGGCAGAGUGUGACAUCAAUAUCAGAGCAGCCUCAGUCUACUCAGGAGUGUUCACCCAGAUCUUUAAAGAGGAGUGUGGGCUGUACCAGACCAGGGUGUUCUGCUUUGUACAUCUGAGCAUCCAGGAGUUUCUGGCUGCCCUUUAUGCCUUUCUGUCCUUCAUCGAUACUGGUGUCAAUCUGCUCUCAGAAGAACCACCGACCUCCAGGAAAGAUAAAAACCUCCUCCUCUACCAGAAUGGUGUGGACAAGGCCUUACAGAGUGAGAACGGACACCUGGACCUGUUCCUCCGCUUCCUCCUGGGCCUCUCUCUGGAGACCAAUCAGAUUGUCCUACGAGGUCUGCUGGGACAGAAAAAAAGAUCACUGACCACUCAGAUCAAAACAGGUCUGCUGCGAAUGACAGGAAGUAGGUCACAGACCAAUAAGGGAACAGUCUCUUACAUCAAGAAGAAGAUAAAGGGAGAUCUAUCUCCAGAGAGAAGCAUCAAUCUGUUCCACUGUCUGAAUGAGCUGAACGACUGUUCUCUAGUGAAGUAUAUACAACAGUACCUGACAUCAGAAAGUCUCUCCGGAGAAUCUCUCUCCCCUUCUCAGUGGUCAGCUCUGGUCUUCAUCUUACUGACAUCAGAAGAGGAGCUGGACGUGUUUGACCUGAAAAAAUACUCUGCUUCAGAGGAGGGUCUUCUGAGGCUGCUGCCAGUGAUCAAAGCCUCCAAAACAUCUCUGCUGAAUGGCUGUCAUCUGUCAGAGAGAUGCUGUGAAGCUCUGGCCUCAGUUCUCAGCUCCAACUCCUCUAGUCUGAGAGAGCUGGACCUGAGUACCAAUGAUCUGCAGGAUUCAGGAGUGAAGCUGCUCUCUGCUGGACUGGGGAGUCCACACUGUACACUGGAAACUCUCAGGUUGAAGCGUUGUGAUCUGUCAGAGAGAUGCUGUGAAGCUCUGGCCUCAGUUCUCAGCUCCAACUCCUCUAGUCUGAGAGAGCUGGACCUGAGUACUAAUCGGCUGAAGGAUUCAGGAGUGAAGCUGCUCUCUGCUGGACUGGGGAGUCCACACUGUACACUGGAAACUCUCAGGUUGAAGGGCUGUCAUCUGUCAGAGAGAUCCUGUGAAGCUCUGGCCUCAGUUCUCAGCUCCAACUCCUCUAGUCUGAGAGAGCUGGACCUGAGCACCAAUGAUCUGCAGGAUUCAGGAGUGAAGCUGCUCUCUGCUGGACUGGGGAGUCCACACUGUACACUGGAAACUCUCAGGCUGCAGGGCUGUGAUCUGUCAGAGAGAUGCUGUGAAGCUCUGGCCUCAGUUCUCAGCUCCAACUCCUCUAGUCUGAGAGAGCUGGACCUGAGUAACAAUGAUCUGCAGGAUUCAGGAGUGAAGCUGCUCUCUGCUGGACUGGGGAGUCCACACUGUACACUGGAAACUAAAUCCUGUUUCUUGUUUUCUAGAAGAGUCCAGCAGCAGAGAGCAGACUCCCCUGGACCCAGAUGUGUCUCCAUGAAGAGUGACAGCUCUAUGGAUCCUCCUGUUGGGUUUAAAGAUGGAAAUCAGUCUAUUGAGAAGAGAGUCCAGAAGGAGAGAGCAGACUACCCUGGACCCAUUUGUGUCUCCAUGAAGAGUGACCACUCUAUGGAUCAUCCUGGCCAGUUUAAAGAUGGAAAUCAGUCUAUUGAGAAGAUAGACCAAGAGAGGUCAAAGGUCACCAGUGCUCAGUCUGUACAGCAGCAUCAAACAGAGCUGGAGAUGAACCAGGAGGAACUGGCUGACACACUAGGGGGCGGAUCUGCUGCUGUCGAUUGCCAACGUAGAAUCAAGUCUAAUUUGAAGAAGAAGUUCAGGUGUGUGUUUGAGGGAAUUGCUAAAGCAGGACAGCGAACAGAUCUGAAUGACUUCUACACAGAGAUCUUCAUCACAGAGAGAGGCAGUGGAGAGGUCAACAAGGAACAUGAGGUCAGACUGAUUGAAACAGCUUCCAGGAAACCAGCCAAGGAAGAAACACCAAUCAGAUGUGAGGACAUCUUUAAACCCUUACCUGGAAACGAUCAAUCAAUAAGAACAAUGAUGACAACUGGAGUGGCCGGCAUUGGUAAAACCGUGUUAACACACAAGUUCACUCUGGACUGGGCUGAAGGCAAAACCAACCGGGACAUACACUUCACAUUUCCCCUAACUUUCAGAGAGCUGAAUUUACUGAAAGGGAAAGAGUUUAGCUUGGUGGAACUGCUUCAUCACCUCUAUAUUGACACCAAAAAAGCAGGAAUCUGCAGAUUCGACCAUUUCCAAGUUGUCUUCAUCUUGGAUGGUCUGGAUGAGUGUCGACUUCCUCUGGACUUCCAGAGAAACCCGAUCUGGACGGAUGUCACAAAGUCCACCUCGGUGGACGUGCUGCUGACCAACCUCAUCAGGGGCGUCCUGCUUCCCUCCGCUCGCAUUUGGAUAACCACACGCCCUGCGGCAGCCAAUCAGAUACCUGCUGAGUGUGUUGACAUGGUGACAGAGGUGAGGGGGUUCACCGACCAACAGAAAGAGGAGUACUUCAGGAAGAGAUUCAGAGAGGAGAAGCUGGCCAGCACAAUCAUCUCCCACGUCAAGAAAUCACGAAGCCUCCACAUCAUGUGUCACAUCCCAGUCUUCUGUUGGAUCACUGCUUCAGUUCUGGAGGACAUCUUCAAAAAAUCCCAGAUCGAAGAGAUGCCCAAGACCGUGACUCAGAUGUACAGCCACUUCCUGAGGGUUCAGUCCCUACAGGGGGACAGGAAGUACCAUGGGAGAUCUGAAACAGAUCCAGAAUGGAGUUCAGAGAGCAGGGAUAUCAUUGUUUCUCUUGGAAAACUUGCUUUUAACCAGCUGGAGAAAGGCAACCUGAUCUUCUACGAGGCAGUUAUGGCAGAGUGUGACAUCAAUAUCAGAGCAGCCUCAGUCUACUCAGGAGUGUUCACCCAGAUCUUUAAAGAGGAGUGUGGGCUGUACCAGACCAGGGUGUUCUGCUUUGUACAUCUGAGCAUCCAGGAGUUUCUGGCUGCCCUUUAUGCCUUUCUGUCCUUCAUCGAUACUGGUGUCAAUCUGCUCUCAGAAGAACCACCGACCUCCAGGAAAGAUAAAAACCUCCUCCUCUACCAGAAUGGUGUGGACAAGGCCUUACAGAGUGAGAACGGACACCUGGACCUGUUCCUCCGCUUCCUCCUGGGCCUCUCUCUGGAGACCAAUCAGAUUGUCCUACGAGGUCUGCUGGGACAGAAAAAAAGAUCACUGACCACUCAGAUCAAAACAGGUCUGCUGCGACUGACAGGAAGUAGGUCACAGACCAAUAAGGGAACAGUCUCUUACAUCAAGAAGAAGAUAAAGGGAGAUCUAUCUCCAGAGAGAAGCAUCAAUCUGUUCCACUGUCUGAAUGAGCUGAACGACUGUUCUCUAGUGAAGUAUAUACAACAGUACCUGACAUCAGAAAGUCUCUCCGGAGAAUCUCUCUCCCCUUCUCAGUGGUCAGCUCUGGUCUUCAUCUUACUGACAUCAGAAGAGGAGCUGGACGUGUUUGACCUGAAAAAAUACUCUGCUUCAGAGGAGGGUCUUCUGAGGCUGCUGCCAGUGAUCAAAGCCUCCAAAACAUCUCUGCUGAAUGGCUGUCAUCUGUCAGAGAGAUGCUGUGAAGCUCUGGCCUCAGUUCUCAGCUCCAACUCCUCUAGUCUGAGAGAGCUGGACCUGAGUACCAAUGAUCUGCAGGAUUCAGGAGUGAAGCUGCUCUCUGCUGGACUGGGGAGUCCACACUGUACACUGGAAACUCUCAGGUUGAAGCGUUGUGAUCUGUCAGAGAGAUGCUGUGAAGCUCUGGCCUCAGUUCUCAGCUCCAACUCCUCUAGUCUGAGAGAGCUGGACCUGAGUACUAAUCGGCUGAAGGAUUCAGGAGUGAAGCUGCUCUCUGCUGGACUGGGGAGUCCACACUGUACACUGGAAACUCUCAGGUUGAAGGGCUGUCAUCUGUCAGAGAGAUCCUGUGAAGCUCUGGCCUCAGUUCUCAGCUCCAACUCCUCUAGUCUGAGAGAGCUGGACCUGAGCACCAAUGAUCUGCAGGAUUCAGGAGUGAAGCUGCUCUCUGCUGGACUGGGGAGUCCACACUGUACACUGGAAACUCUCAGGCUGCAGGGCUGUGAUCUGUCAGAGAGAUGCUGUGAAGCUCUGGCCUCAGUUCUCAGCUCCAACUCCUCUAGUCUGAGAGAGCUGGACCUGAGUAACAAUGAUCUGCAGGAUUCAGGAGUGAAGCUGCUCUCUGCUGGACUGGGGAGUCCACACUGUACACUGGAAACUCUCAGGCUGAAGGGCUGUGAUCUGUCAGAGAGAUGCUGUGAAGCUCUGACUUCAGUUCUUAGCUCCAACUCCUCUAGUCUGAGAGAGCUGGACCUGAGUACCAAUGAUCUGCAGGAUUCAGGAGUGAAGCUGCUCUCUGCUGGACUGGGGAGUCCACACUGUACACUGGAAACUCUCAGGAUGAAUGGCUGUCAUCUGUCAGAGAGAUGCUGUGAAGCUCUGGCCUCAGUUCUCAGCUCCAACUCCUCUAGUCUGAGAGAGCUUGACCUGGGUACCAAUGAUCUGCAGGAUUCAGGAGUGAAGCUGCUCUCUGCUGGACUGGGGAGUCCACACUGUACACUGGAAACUCUCAGCUUGUCUGGCUGCCUGGUCACACAGGAAGGCUGUGCUUCUCUGGCCUCAGCUCUGAGCUCCAACCCCUCCCAUCUGAGAGAGCUGGACCUGAGCUACAAUCCCCCAGGAGACUCUGGAGCUGCACUGCUCUCUGCUGGACUGGAGGAUCCACGCUGGAGACUGGACACUCUCAGUGUGGAGCAUGGUGCAGUGUGGAGGCUGAAACCAGCUCUAAAGAAGUAUGCCUGUGACCUCACACUGGACCCCAACACGGCCGGCAGAUACCUCUCUCUGUCCGAGGACAACAGAAAGGUGACGUGGGUUAGAGAGGACCAGUCGUAUCCGGAUCACCCAGACAGAUUUGACUCCUGGCCCCAGGUGUUGGGUAGAGAGGCUCUGACUGGCCGCUGUUACUGGGAGGUAGAGUGGGAAGGAUGGGUUUUUAUAGGAGUGACAUACAGAGGAAUCACAAGGAGAGGAGGGGGUGUUGACAGCCAGCUUGGACUGAACAACAAGUCCUGGGGUCUUUAUUGUUCUGAUGGUGGUUACUCUGCCCGGUACAACGGUAGAAGAAAGCCCUCCCUCUCCCCCCCGCUGGCUCCCAGAGUAGGAGUUUAUCUGGACCGGCCUGCUGGCUCUCUGUCCUUCUACAGAGUGUCCCCAGGUGGAGGAGGGUCCUCAGACACACUGACACACCUCCACACCUUCUGGUCCUCCUUCACCGAGGAGGACCUCCUCCCGGGGGUGGCGGUACGGGGGGCCCUAGGGGGGUCCUCAGCCUCUCUGUGUCGGUUCUAGAAAAACAAAACAGCCGCGGUGCCCCGGGGCCCCGCAGCCCCCUCUGCCCCGGCGCGCACACAAACGAACACGCACAGGCACGCACGCACACACACACACCUACACAUACACACGUACACGUUCACACACACAUAAAAAAAACACAUACGCACACACACACACACACAUAGGGCCCUAUCUUGCAUCCGGCGCAAGUGACUUAGUCACUGGCGCAGAGCGUUCUUUUCCCACCACCGCCACUCGCCGGUAAAUUAGGGAUUGAUCAUGCGCCCCAAGGGGCGGUUCGGCGGAAGGAGGAGGCGUGUUCUGGCGCAAACGGUAUUUUGCCGUUUCUGAAUACCAUUGUGCUACUGACCAGGAAAUACCUGGUUUAAAGUCAGUGGCGCGUUGUUCAGAUGCUAUUUUAAGGGUGCAUGCAUACAUGCGCAUGCGAUGCAUACGGAUUGCUUGUGAACCUCGCGCAUACACUUUGCUUCUCCGAUCUACCUAGCCGCACAUUCUUGGUAAAUUAUUUGGGAAAGAACAGCUGAUGCAGCGGUAAUAAGUUGUACUUUUAAAUCAAUGCAUCUGCAAACCAGGGAUUAAAAUUAACGACGUCCCGUCGUCCCGGGGACGUAAUUAAUUGUCAUCGGGAGGAUUUUUAUUCUCUCUCGGGUCGACUUCGGGACGAAGAGAAUUUUGCGGGCAGUGACUUCAUUUUUCUGUUUAAGUUUUCAACACUUUCUGUGAUGUUCGCGAUCGGUGGAAAAUACUUAUUUAAUGGAAAGGGCUUCGUUCAAUUGGUUGGCGCGCUCGCGUUUGUGUUGUUCAGUGAGACAGCGGGUGUAAAAUCCCCCGUUCGUCAGGCUUUCUUGGUUCACUGGAGAAGGCGGGGCUGCGCACGGAGUCAAAAAGAGACUUCCCGAUCUCCAGCCUAUGCUGCAGAGCGAAUUUAAAUCGCCGGCAGAACGGCCUGGGGGUCUUACUCUAACACCGUCAUUUAUCUCAAUUUAAUUUAUCUAAAUUUCAUAUAGGCUACAUAGCAGCUGCAUUUCACAUUAAUCGCAAUUAUUACAUGGGUCUUCUCAAUGACAUGGAACGCUCCGUUCGCUUGCAAUGGGACCUUCACAACUUCCGGCGGUGAAUUAUAUUUGAUAAUUCACCGUUGCUAAGUAUAAUCAUGAAUAUGAUUGACCGCUGUCAAGGAAAACAACAGAUUUUUCGCCUCUAAUGAAGUCUCACUCCGCAAGUACCGGUAACUUGUCAACCCCAGCGUCUUCGGUUGCUAAGCGACGUCAACGUCUUUGGCGGACUAUUUCUCUGCUGAUCAACACUAUGAAUGCUGGUGGUAUCAAAUAAAUUGUAAAAAGACACACCAUGUGAAGUUAUUGUUUCGUUUUGGCAAGUAGCCGUGUAAUAAGCGGGAUAUGUAGAGAACAUCGCCGGUCAUGAUUGAAAAUAAGCCCCUUCAGGGCGAAGCAAGUUCGCCCUGUCGGGGCUUAUUUUCCCGAUAAUUACCGGCGUUCUAUACACUAUCCCUUUUUACAUUCCUGCUGCUUCGGGUUUGCCUUUGUAGGUGCAUUGAGAGGAUGAGCGGGCGAAUCCGCUGUCAGUGCGUGUGCAUGAUACGCAGGUUUAUCCAAUAAGUGGUAGUGUACCCGCGCACCAUUGGCAUGUAGGCCUAUGCGCGCUUGUCUCUGUGUGCGUCUGUGAACGAGAAUGACAGGGAGAAAGAUUGCUACGCGGAGAUGUACGAACGGAACGAUAUUUAUAUUUCAAAAUCGCUAAAACGCAGAAUCAAUUUGUGGCGCUCAGUGUUGAUUCUGUGGCGCUGCGUCACACAUUGUUCUAUGUAACGCUCACACACACACACACACACACACACUGUGGUCACGUAGAUAGACCACAGUUCUGCGAGGGUGUUGCUUGUCAUCUGGAAAUAAAUAUAUUAUUUCAUCAACAAAAUGUGUUUUAUUAUAUUAUCAGUAGGCCUAAGUAACGACUCAAAAUGUAAAACAUAUUUAUGGGAAAAAUUCGGGACGUUUGGGGACAGUUCAAAAUGUUUUUCGGGACGUUUCCGGGACGGUGGUGAAAAAAAGUUAAUUUUAACCCCUGCUGCAAACACCGUACAGCAAACACAUAUUUUCUUGACAGAGACAUCGUGUAGGCCUACAUGCCCAUAACUUUUAGGAUGAGUAUUUGAUCGUGAAAAACAUUGUUUUAC